AUAAUAGUAAAUGGGGUAUGCUUUCAAAUAUCCAACAAUUCACAUUCCAAAAAGAGUAUAUUCCCGCAGCAUGCGAACCGGUGAAACUUUGGUGCUGGUAUGGCCACAAUUAUUCACCAUGCUAUUAUUUAUCUUUUCUUUUCCUUUGUGAAAUUGGUGUCGGCCAACAGUGUAUUUCUUCAUCUGUUUCUUUACUCUUCCGGUAGUGCAAAAGUUAAUUUCCACUACUUUGGUGGGGUAUUUGUUAUUGAUGGGCAUAGUAGUAUAAUAAUGAAAACAUGCCUGUCUUGCAACUGGUAUAAAAUAGAAAAUGGUUAUUGAAUUCUGAGAUAUAUUUUCCUUUGAAAAGUAUAUAUAUUUUAUUUAACAGAUGGGUUUAUGCACAGAUUGGGCUGAUCACAUGUGGCCCGAUGUGAUUCACACUUUCUUGUUAACUAUUCUUAAUCUCAAACUUUUAGCUCCAUGUACGGAAUAUUUCAAAAUACAUAAUUUUUUUACGCAUUGCACAAAUAUUAAAAAUUUUAUUUUUUUUGAAAAAGUAACUUUACAAAUAAAAUUUAAAAAUCAUUCAACAAAUUUAAAAAAAUAACUGAAAAAUUUAAUUAGUUACACAGUUUUCAAUAAAAUUAAAAAUAAUAUAAAUAUAUCAAAAUUUUAUCUAUUUUGAAACAACAAACAUUUUUUAAAAUAUCAACUAUUAUGAAACGGAAGGAGUAGUAUUUAAUUAAUUAUUUAAUGCAGUAAAUACAAAAAAAAUGCAAUUUUACUCCUCCUCUGUCACUAACACGAUUCUACAAUUCCUAGGUCAAAAAGGCAAUCCCACUAAUCACGCAAAAACAUAAUUUUGCGGUAAUGAUUGUAGAUAAAAAAAAAUUCGCUAAUGUAGAUGUUGUCGCAAAAGAGGAGGUCAUUUUUUUUUAAUGAGAAUCACUUACUAACUUCAGUUUUUUACUGAUGAGAUCAUUUUCAAUUGAAAAUAGUGAUGUCACUAAAAAUUAGUACUCAUCAAAAGAUAAAUGUACAUUACAUCCAUGCACUUAGUACACGGAUGGAACGAUUGUACGACUGAUGUCAUAAUCAGAUGAGCGAAUCUAAUCUCAAAUCCUUUCACACAAAAAAAAAUUUCUAAUCUCAAAUGAACACUAACAUUUUCCAAAAUAUUUAUCAUAUAUACAAAUGUUCAUAUAACAGUGUAAAAACGGGAACAUUUGAGACUUUGCAUAACGUCUAACGAACUUUUUGGGUUGGUUUCCGAGCUAAAAUAUAAAACCUUUUAUAGAAUCACUAAAGAUCUAGAGUCAACGAUCCAUAAUAAUAUAAGAAGAUGAAAGAUUCAAGGUCAUAACUUCAUAUAACCCCAAUUAAAAUAUACUACAUAACAAUGUUCUGAAGCAACAUUUAAUUGUUUGCCCGGGGACUACGCCAAACUUGUCUCCUCCUAUACAAACUCUUCUUCUCCUUCCACGUUUUAGUUUAUUUCUCUCUCACAAACUCUCUCCAUAUACAAUGCUUCCAACAAAUCCUCCGGCCACUGGGGUUGGACUUGGUUACGGCAUCGCCAUCGCCGUGAGCAUCCUCAUCCUCAUCUCCACUAUAAUGCUCGCUUCAUACAUCUGCAUAAGGUCAAAAUCUGCUCCAAGAGACGGAGCCACGAGCGACGGAGUUCUUGACUCGCCGGCGGCUGAGGUGAAGCUCGGGCUGGACCGGCCUGUUAUAGAGUCAUAUCCAAGGAUAGUGCUUGGAGAGAGCAGAAGAUUACCGAGGCCCAAUAACGGUCCAUGUUCAAUAUGCCUAUGUGAUUACGUAGCUCGAGAUCCGGUUCGGUGUAUACCGGAAUGUAAUCACUGCUUUCAUGCUGAUUGUGUUGAUGAGUGGCUCCGGACAAGUGCCACGUGCCCUCUUUGUAGAAACUCACCGGCUCCGUCUAGGCUUGCCACACCAUUGUCUGAUUUGGUCCCAGUCGCCUUUCAAAUCAGGUAAAGGUUAAAUACCUCUUCGUUUCAAUCAUAACAUUCCUUCAAGGCUCCAAUUAUCUUACUAUUUUUUGUGCUUAGAGAUUAGAACUAGUGAGUAUUGUUAUGGUUCAAAUUUGUUAUAUUCCGAGAAAUACUCAAUAAGAACAUUCGUAUUGAUGAAGUGCAAGUUAGAGUUCUUGCUAUUACACGUA